UUGGUUGGUUAAAGCGGUUCAGGCUGCCUUCAUUGUUUUGGAGCUGUGUUGAAGCUACAAUUGAAAUGUAAAUUGAUGUGACAGUUACCCCAGUGGGAGCUGCUGGUAAGCAGUGCAUUGUGGCUGUCGGCUAUGAAUGAGACAUCUUAGGUUGAAGUCUUUGAUCGUGUGGGUCUCUUCCUUGCAUUCGCUGCAGAAAAAGCCUGGAGCUCGAUAGUGAAUGGCUGUUUGCCAUGCUGGAGAAGCUGCAACUGGAAUUUUCUGAAAGAAAAUGUGCUAGACCAACACAAGUAGUAAACUCAAAUGACGUUGUCAUUCUUCAAGAUAGAGAGCACUCUAUAAACUAAGGGUCACCUCAUUUCCGAUUGUGGUGAAGAUUAUGGGAAUAUGCUUCCAAGGUUGAAAAGGUGCCGAUGCUGAACCAAUGCUGUGACAUAUGGAACAAGUUGAAUUGAAUGUUUUUGAACACAUCGCGUUGGUCCAUGUUACAAACACACCUGCAAAGCAAGAACGGCCAAUUCGAAGGUUGAGAAUCGCAAGAGUUCGGUGUGCAGGAAUCGCGGCUUUGCGAUUCCCUUUGCUGAUAGAGCCUGUGCAUUGGUUGCCCUGAGCACCUCCUUCACUAAUUCAUGAGCCAGAGGGAUGCUGUUGCUCAGCUUUCAGAACGGCUUCUCAUAGCUGCACACAAAGGACAAACGGAGAAUGUUGUGCAGCUCAUCAACAAGGGGGCCAAAGUGGCCGUCACCAAGCAUGGGCGUACCGCGCUGCAUCUGGCUGCCUACAAGGGCCACAUUGAUGUUGUACGAAUUCUACUGAAAGCAAGUUGUGAUCUAGACAUCCAGGAUGAUAGUGAUCAAACAGCUCUACACCGGGCGGCCGUCGUGGGUAACGCAGAGGUUAUCUCAGCACUCAUUCUCGAGGGGUGCUCUCUAGACCGGCAGGACAAGGAUGGUAACACUGCUCUACAUGAAGGUAGCUGGCAUGGAUUCAGUCAGUCCGUCAAACUCGUGGUCAAAGCAGGAGGAAACGUCCAUGCAAAAAAUCAGGCAGGCAACACAGGUCUCCAUCUGGCCUGUCAGAAUGGUCAUUCCCAGAGCUCUCGCGUGCUGUUACUGGGAGGGUCCAGGCCUGACAUUAAGAACAGUAUGGGUGACACGUGUUUACACAUUGCAACUCGUUACAAUCACGUGACUAUUAUACGAAUCCUCCUGAGUGCUUUCUGUUCUGUCAGUGAGAGGAACCAGGCUGGAGAUACACCUCUCCACAUAGCUGCCGCCCUCAACCACAAGAAAAUAGCCAGACUCUUACUGGAAGCAGGAGCAGAUGGGAGCAUCAUUAACAACGCAGGUCUGAACCCCCUGGAAGUAGCAAGAGAGAAUAACAGCCCCGAAGUGGCCCUUCUUCUCACCAAGGCACCGCAGGUUCUCAGUUUCUGUCGUGGGAGAAGCCUGAGGAAGAAGAGGGAGAAACUAAAGGAAGAACGAAGAGCCCAAUCCGUGCCUCGUGAUGAAUUGAUCCAGAGUAAGCAGGGAAGUGUCUCAGUUGAUGACAUCCAUAGCAGUGACCAAGGACAUCAGAAGAGAAAAACUGGGGAUGACCUCAUCAGGAUGACUACCCCAGAACAGAAGAGGAAGCAGGACAGAAAGAAAAAGCAGAAGGAAAAGGGUUCUGCUCUUUCUGACCCUCCUCCAUUGAUAGAGCAGCAACCUCAACAAGACAAUAGUCACGUCAGGAGAAGGAAAAAUAAACACUGCUGCUGUUCCCCGAAUCCACAGCAACACCUGCUCCCUCAUAAUUUCCGUGCCUACCAACUGUACACGUUGUACAGAAACAAGGAUGGCAAAAUCAUGCAGGCCCCUAUAAACGGCUGUCGUUGUGAGCCACUGAUCAAUAAAUUGGAAAAUCGUCUCGAAGCGACAAAAGAAGAGAUAAAAGCCGAGCUUGAGAUUGUGCAAGGAAAAUUGAAUACGAAACUUGGAGAACUGGAAGGAAGGAAUAAACAUGAGAUCAGAGUUUUGGAGAAGUUAACAUCCGAACGGAUUUCAGCCGAGCGGACGGAAUGCCUGCACCGGAUUGACCAACGUGCGGUGCUGGAGCGACUCGAGGGAGACAAACACCAGGCCGUAAUGGUGGAUGAUGUGAAAUCCUGGUGCUCGUCCAAGCUCCAAAAUCUUGAGUUCAAGUUGUCAGGAGAACCGAGGUCCAAAUCUGCAACGCCUGAUGGUGAGAACGUGACAGAGCCUUGUAGCACGGAUACCAUCCAAACCGACAGGGAUUGUGGGCAUUGCCAGUCGUAUCCUGUCAAACAUCAACCCGGAGAAGAAUCACAACAGCCCUGCGUUAGUCUGCAUGGUGGCUCUGCAGAAGAAUCGGGAGGUGCAACACUCCAAUCCACCGACGAGGCAUCAGGCAGACAGUACUUUCUCAUUCAACAUGAUAUACCAUCAGGAGCAACACAGCAGACUGUGACAGCUUCCAGUUCCUCCCCAAAUAUGCCUCGGGCAACUUCUCCAGCAGUUCGACCAAAGGAAAGAGCUGCUAAAAUAAAUCACGAGUUUCCACCUUUGGAGCCGGCUUUGCCCAAAUCUGGGCAUGUCAAGUUUCACACUUCUCAUGAAAAUGCAAUUUUCAGGGAUCAAGCAGUAAGUGGCCAACCUCGAGGAUGGCACAAUCAGAACAAAAGCACUCAGACCAAAAAAUCUCUGAGUGUAAAGCACAGGCCAAAGCAGAGCAGCACUCAGGUUGCUGCUGCCCAACCAACUACACACAGCAAGGACAGCUCACCAGUACUUGAAAUCACACAGUAUUUUUUUGAGGCAGUUUCCACACAGAUGGAAAAGUGGUACGAAAGGAAGAUUGAGGAGGCAAGAUAUCAAGCUGAUCAGAAAGCGACUCUGGAUAAAGUUGCUUUGAUGGAACAAAUUAAAAGUUUGGAAGAGGAACUCCAGAAACUGAGGACUAAAAUGCAAAAGGAUAGCUAGCAGUCACCGGUGAAAGACAUAUCUUGCUUUCGAGGAAAAAUAUCACCAACAUUCCAUCUUUUUAAUACAAUUAAGUGGAUUUUCACUGUUCAAUGCUUGCGUUAAAUAAUGCAUGGUUUCUUUAGUUUUGUUGGACUGUAUCUCACAGAUUAAACCUGGCUUUGAUGUAA